AUGUAUAAGCUAUCUCUUAUCUGUCGCCGAUUGCACUCUCUGCCUAGAAACUUUAUAAUCUCACCUAAUGUCAAAGCAGCUUUGGCUGCGAAGAAAGGAGUUGUCGCUCUUGAAAGCACGGUCAUUACUCAUGGACUACCGUAUCCACAAAAUCUUGAGACCGCGAAGUCGCUAGAAGAGGUGGUUCGAAGCGGUGGCUGUGAGCCGGCUACGAUUGCUCUUCUGGAUGGAAACGUACACGUGGGGCUCACCAAUGCAGAACUGUCCCGCGUUGCCGAUAGCAUGGAGUCUAUUAAGGUCUCUCGUCGGGAUAUCCCCUUUGCACUCAACAAAGGAGUUGUUGGAGGCACAACGGUGGCUGCAACGAUGUACCUAGCACAUAUGGCCGGCAUCGAAGUAUUUGCUACUGGUGGAGUUGGUGGUGUACAUAGAGGGGCUGAGCAAACCUUUGACAUAUCUGCCGAUCUCAUUGAACUAUCGAAAACUCCGGUCACAGUGGUUUGUGCGGGUGUCAAAAGCAUCUUGGAUAUUCCAAAGACAAUAGAAUUUCUGGAGACUCAUUCCGUGAACUGUAUCGUGUAUGGGCCACGCAACGUAUUUCCCGGGUUUUUCACACAGGAGACGACGAGAAAAGGGCAGUUCAACACCAUGGACCUGGAAGAAGUAGCACAAAUUAUAGAGACUUCAAAGGCGUUCGGACUAUCUGCUGGGACACUCCUUGCAUGUCCAAUUCCCAGUGAGUUCCAGGCGAACGGAAAUGUUAUCGAAGAAGCUGUGCAAAAGGCUUUGAAGGAAGCUAGUGAGAAAGGCAUUCAGUCCAAGGAUGUCACUCCGUUCAUACUUGCAUAUGUCAAUCAACUGACGUCUGGGGCAUCGAUGAAGACAAAUAUUGCGCUUCUAAAAAACAAUGCAAAAAUUGCGGCUCAGCUGGCGAGCAUAUUGGCAAAGUCGAGGAAGAACAGCGGUCAAAUCAAAGUGAAAUCUACAUCGGAAAACAAUAAGGCACCGAGACAACGCCCAAAAAUUGUUUAG